GAACUUUCUGGAAAAUAGGUUUCUCACGCUAUGAAACAUUAGUGCGUCACCAGAAGCAAAAAAUAGGUUCGAAGUAUUGAACCAGCUGUCAAGGAACACGCAAAAAUAUGGUAUAAAAAGGGACGGAAUUCACAGAAACAGCAAUCCGACGAGAUCAAUUCUCAUCAAAAAUGAGUUGCCCUCGUCUUGUACUAGCCUUUUUGGCUCUUCUCAGUACCCAUGCUCUCUUUGCUGCUGCUGGUGGUACGACUCCUUGGGAUUCUCUAGCCCUGGCAGACAGUUUCAUGAAAAGUUUCAUGGAUGGAAUAGGUACCAGUGGAGUAUUCUCUUCGAGUCAAAUCGAUGACAUGAGUACCAUUGGCGAUACCAUGAUCGACUCUGUCAAUAGAUUGGCAAGCAGUGGACGAAUCUCGAAAUCAAAGCUUCAAGCUCUGAAUAUGGCAUUUGCUUCAUCCAUGGCUGAAAUAGCUGCUACGGAAGAAGGUGGCUUAAGUAUAGGUGCAAAAACGAGCGCCAUUGCCAGCGCUCUUAGAGGCGCCUUCCUUCAAACAACAGGAUAUUCAAAUGAGCAAUUCAUAAACGAAAUUACGUCGUUAGUUAGUAUGAUAGCUCAAGCAAAUACAAAUUCAGUGUCAGCAAGCGCUUCCGCAUCCGCAGGAGGAGGAUAUGGCGGUUCAAGUUACGGACCAUCUUCUGUGAGUUCAAUAUCCGCUAGUGCAUCAUCUGCUGGAGCUGGAUCUGCACAGCAAGGACCAGGAAGUUACGGACCAUCUGGAUCUGGAGGAUACGGUCCUUCUGGAUCUAGUGCAGCUGCCGCUGCUGCCGCACCUGGAGGUCAAGGACCUGGAAACUAUGGACCUUCUGGAUCUGGAGGAGCAGGACCUAGUGGUUCUGGAGGAUAUGGACCUGGAAGUCAAGGACCAUCCGGACCUAGUGGGCCAGGAGCAGCAGCAGCAGCCGCUGCAGCAAGUGGACCAGGAGGAUACGGACCAUCUGGACCAAGUGGACCUGGAAGCCAAGGACCUGGCAAUCAAGGACCAGGAGGAGUAAGCGCAGCCGCCGCUGCAGCAAGUGGACCUGGUGGAUACGGUCCUGGAAGCCAAGGACCAUCUGGACCUGGAAGCCAAGGACCAUCUGGACCUGGAAGCCAAGGACCAUCUGGACCUGGAGGUUAUGGCCCUGGCAGUCAAGGUCCAGGCGCAGCCGCAGCCGCCGCUGCAGCAAGUGGACCUGGAGGAUACGGACCUGGAAGCCAAGGACCAUCUGGACCUGGAAGCCAACGGCAAUCUGGACCUGGUGGAGCUGGAGGAUACGGACCAGGAGGAGCAAGUGCAGCCGCAGCCGCCUCUGCAGCAAGUGGACCUGGAGGAUAUGGACCAGGAAGUCAAGGACCAUCUGGACCAGGCGGAUAUGGGCCUGGAGCAUCUGGACCUGGUGGAGCUGGAGGUUAUGGACCUGGCAGUCAAGGUCCUGGAGGGGCAAGUGCAGCCGCAGCCGCCGCUUCAGCAAGUGGACCUGGAGGAUACGGUCCUGGAAACCAAGGGCCAUCUGGACCUGGAAGCCAAGGACCAUCUGGACCUGGAGGAUACGGACCUGGAUCAUCUGGGCCUGGAGGAGCAAGCGCAGCAGCAGCCGCAGCAGCUAGUGGACCUGGAGGAUAUGGACCAGGAAGCCAAGGACCAUCUGGACCUGGGGGAUAUGGACCUGGAAGCCAAGGACCAUCUGGACCUGGCGGAUACGGACCUGGAUCAUCUGGUCCUGGUGGAGCUGGAGGUUACGGCCCUGGCAGUCAAGGACAACUAGGGCCAGGUGCAGCAGCAGCAGCAGCCGCUGCAGCAAGUGGUCCUGGAGGAUAUGGACCUGAAAGUCAAGGACAAUCUGGACCUGGCAGCCAAGGUCCUGGAGGAGCAAGCGCGGCCGCAGCAGCUGCUGCUAGUGGACCUAGAGGAUACGGCCCUGGAAGCCAAGGGCCAUCUGGACCUGGAGGAUAUGGACCUGGAAGCCAAGGGCCAUCUGGACCUGGAGGAUAUGGACCUGGAAGCCAAGCACCAUCUGGACCUGGUGGAUAUGGACCUGGAGCAUCUGGACCUGGAGCAUCUGGACCUGGAGGAGCUGGAGGUUAUGGACCUGGCAGUCAAGGUCCAGGAGGAGCAAGCGCUGCCGCAGCCGCUGCAGCAAGUGGACCUGGAGGAUACGGCCCUGGAAGCCAAGGGCCAUCUGGACCAGGAGGAUACGGACCUGGAUCAUCUGGACCUGGAGCUUAUGGACCUGGCAGUCAAGGUCCAGGAAGAGCAAGCGCAGCAGCAGCCGCUGCAGCUAGUGGACCUGGAGGAUAUGGACCAGGAAGCCAAGGACCAUCUGGGCCUGGAAGCCAAGGACCAUCUGGACCUGGAGGAUACGGACCUGGAGCAUCUGGACCUGGAGGUUAUGGACCUGGCAGUCAAGGUCCUGGAGGAGCAAGCGCAGCCGCAGCAGCUGCAGCUAGUGGACCCGCAGGAUAUGGACCAGGAAGCCAAGGGCCAUCUGGACCUGGAAGCCAAGGACCAUACGGACCUGGAGGUUAUGGACCUGGCAGUCAAGGUCCUGGAGGAGCAAGCGCAGCCGCAGCAGCUGCAGCUAGUGGACCCGGAGGAUAUGGACCAGGAAGUCAAGGGCCAUCUGGACCUGGAAGCCAAGGACCAUCUGGACCUGGAGGAUAUGGACCAUCUGGACCUGGAGGAUAUGGUCCUGGAAGCCAAGGGCCAUCUGGACCUGGAGGAUACGGGCCUGGAGCAUCUGGACCUGGAGGUUAUGGACCUGGCAGUCAAGGUCCUGGUGGAGCAAGCGCAGCCGCAGCAGCUGCAGCAAGUGGGCCUGGAGGAUAUGGACCAGGAAGUCAAGGACCAUCUGGACCUGGAAGCCAAGGACCAUCUGGACCUGGAAGCCAAGGGCCAUCUGGACCUGGAGGAUACGGACCUGGAGCAUCUGGACCUGGAGGUUAUGGACCUGGCAGUCAAGGUCCUGGAGGAGCAAGCGCAGCAGCAGCAGCUGCAGCUAGUGGACCCGGAGGAUAUGGACCAGGAAGCCAAGGGCCAUCUGGACCUGGAAGCCAAGGACCAUCUGGACCUGGAGGAUACGGACCUGGAGCAUCUGGACCUGGAGGUUAUGGACCUGGCAGUCAAGGUCCUGGAGGAGCAAGCGCAGCCGCAGCAGCUGCAGCAAGUGGACCCGGAGGAUAUGGACCAGGAAGUCAAGGACCAUCUGGACCUGGAAGCCAAGGGCCAUCUGGACCUGGAGGAUACGGACCUGGAGCAUCUGGACCUGGAGGUUAUGGACCUGGCAGUCAAGGUCCUGGAGGAGCAAGCGCAGCAGCAGCAGCUUCGGCUAGUGGACCCGGAGGAUAUGGACCAGGAAGCCAAGGGCCAUCUGGACCUGGAAACCAAGGACCAUCUUUACCUGGAGGAUACGGACCUGGAGCAUCUGGACCUGGAGGUUAUGGACCUGGCAGUCAAGGUCCUGGAGGAGCAAGCGCAGCCGCAGCAGCUGCAGCAAGUGGGCCUGGAGGAUAUGGACCAGGAAGUCAAGGACCAUCUGGACCUGGAAGCCAAGGGCCAUCUGGACCUGGAGGAUACGGACCUGGAGCAUCUGGACCUGGAGGUUAUGGACCUGGCAGUCAAGGUCCUGGAGGAGCAAGCGCAGCAGCUUCAGCUAGUGGACCCGGAGGAUAUGGACCAGGAAGCCAAGGGCCAUCUGGACCUGGAAUUAAAGGACCAUCUGGACCUGGAGGAUACGGACCUGGAGCAUCUGGACCUGGAGGUUAUGGACCUGGCAGUCAAGGUCCUGGAGGAGCAAGCGCAGCCGCAGCAGCUGCAGCUAGUGGACCCGCAGGAUAUGGACCAGGAAGCCAAGGGCCAUCUGGACCUGGAAGCCAAGGACCAUACGGACCUGGAGGUUAUGGACCUGGCAGUCAAGGUCCUGGAGGAGCAAGCGCAGCCGCAGCAGCUGCAGCUAGUGGAUCCGGAGGAUAUGGACCAGGAAGCCAAGGGCCAUCUGGACCUGGAGGAUAUGGACCUGGAAGCCAAGGGCCAUCUGGACCUGGAGGAUAUGGACCUGGAAGCCAAGCACUAUCUGGACCUGGUGGAUAUGGACCUGGAGCAUCUGGACCUGGAGGAGCUGGAGGUUAUGGACCUGGCAGUCAAGGUCCAGGAGGAGCAAGCGCUGCCGCAGCCGCUGCAGCAAGUGGACCUGGAGGAUACGGCCCUGGAAGCCAAGGGCCAUCUGGACCAGGAGGAUACGGACCUGGAUCAUCUGGACCUGGAGCUUAUGGACCUGGCAGUCAAGGUCCAGGAGGAGCAAGCGCAGCAGCAGCCGCUGCAGCUAGUGGACCUGGAGGAUAUGGACCAGGAAGCCAAGGACCAUCUGGGCCUGGAAGCCAAGGACCAUCUGGACCUGGAGGAUACGGACCUGGAGCAUCUGGACCUGGAGGUUAUGGACCUGGCAGUCAAGGUCCUGGAGGAGCAAGCGCAGCCGCAGCAGCUGCAGCUAGUGGACCCGCAGGAUAUGGACCAGGAAGCCAAGGGCCAUCUGGACCUGGAAGCCAAGGACCAUACGGACCUGGAGGUUAUGGACCUGGCAGUCAAGGUCCUGGAGGAGCAAGCGCAGCCGCAGCAGCUGCAGCUAGUGGACCCGGAGGAUAUGGACCAGGAAGUCAAGUGCCAUCUGGACCUGGAAGCCAAGGACCAUCUGGACCUGGAGGAUAUGGACCAUCUGGAACUGGAGGAUAUGGUCCUGGAAGCCAAGGGCCAUCUGGACCUGGAGGAUACGGGCCUGGAGCAUCUGGACCUGGAGGUUAUGGACCUGGCAGUCAAGGUCCUGGUGGAGCAAGCGCAGCCGCAGCAGCUGCAGCAAGUGGGCCUGGAGGAUAUGGACCAGGAAGUCAAGGACCAUCUGGACCUGGAAGCCAAGGACCAUCUGGACCUGGAAGCCAAGGGCCAUCUGGACCUGGAGGAUACGGACCUGGAGCAUCUGGACCUGGAGGUUAUGGACCUGGCAGUCAAGGUCCUGGAGGAGCAAGCGCAGCAGCAGCAGCUGCAGCUAGUGGACCCGGAGGAUAUGGACCAGGAAGCCAAGGGCCAUCUGGACCUGGAAGCCAAGGACCAUCUGGACCUGGAGGAUACGGACCUGGAGCAUCUGGACCUGGAGGUUAUGGACCUGGCAGUCAAGGUCCUGGAGGAGCAAGCGCAGCCGCAGCAGCUGCAGCAAGUGGACCCGGAGGAUAUGGACCAGGAAGUCAAGGACCAUCUGGACCUGGAAGCCAAGGACCAUCUGGACCUGGAAGCCAAGGGCCAUCUGGACCUGGAGGAUACGGACCUGGAGCAUCUGGACCUGGAGGUUUUGGACCUGGAGGUUAUGGACCUGGCAGUCAAGGUCCUGGAGGUUUUGGACCUGGAGGUUAUGGACCUGGCAGUCAAGGUCCUGGAGGAGCAAGCGCAGCAGCAGCAGCUUCAGCUAGUGGACCCGGAGGAUAUGGACCAGGAAGCCAAGGGCCAUCUGGACCUGGAAGCCAAGGACCAUCUUUACCUGGAGGAUACGGACCUGGAGCAUCUGGACCUGGAGGUUAUGGACCUGGCAGUCAAGGUCCUGGAGGAGCAAGCGCAGCCGCAGCAGCUGCAGCAAGUGGGCCUGGAGGAUAUGGACCAGGAAGUCAAGGGCCAUCUGGACCUGGAAGCCAAGGACCAUCUGGACCUGGAGGAGCAGGCGCAGCAGCAGCAGCCUCUGCAGCAAGUGGACCUGGAGGAUAUGGACCAGGAAGUCAAGGACCAUCUGGACCUGGAAGCCAAGGACAAUCUGGACCUGGAAGCCAAGGGCCAUCUGGACCUGGAGGAUACGGACCUGGAGCAUCUGGACCUGGAGGUUAUGGACCUGGCAGUCAAGGUCCUGGAGGAGCAAGCGCAGCCGCAGCAGCUGCAGCAAGUGGGCCUGGAGGAUAUGGACCAGGAAGUCAAGGACCAUCUGGACCUGGAAGCCAAGGACCAUCUGGAGCUGGCGGAUAUGGACCUGGAGCAUCUGGUCCUGGUGGAGCUGGAGGAUAUGGACCUGGCAGUCAAGGUCCUGGAGGAGCAAGCGCAGCCGCAGCAGCUGCAGCUAGUGGACCCGGAGGAUAUGGACCAGGAAGCCAAGGGCCAUCUGGACCUGGAGGAUACGGACCUGGAGGUUAUGGAGCUGGCAGUCAAGGUCCUGGAGGAGCAAGCGCAGCCGCAGCAGCUGCAGCAAGUGGGCCUGGAGGAUAUGGACCAGGAAGUCAAGGACCAUCUGGACCUGGAAGCCAAGGACCAUCUGGACCUGGAAGCCAAGGGCCAUCUGGACCUGGAGGAUACGGACCUGGAGGUUAUGGACCUGGCAGUCAAGGUCCUGGAGGAGCAAGCGCAGCAGCAGCAGCUGCAGCUAGUGGACCCGGAGGAUAUGGACCAGGAAGCCAAGGGCCAUCUGGACCUGGAAGCCAAGGACCAUCUGGACCUGGAGGAUAUGGACCUGGAGCAUCUGGACCUGGAGGUUAUGGACCUGGCAGUCAAGGUCCUGGAGGAGCAAGCGCAGCCGCCGCAGCUGCGGCAAGUGGACCCGGAGGAUAUGGACCAGGAAGCCAAGGACCAUCUGGACCUGGAAGCCAAGGACCAUCUGGACCUGGAGGAUAUGGACCUGGAGCAUCUGGACCUGGAGGUUAUGGACCUGGCAGUCAAGGUCCUGGAGGAGCAAGCGGAGCAGCAACAGCUGCAGCUAGUGGACCCGGAGGAUAUGGACCAGGAAGCCAAGGGCCAUCUGGACCUGGAAGCCAAGGACCAUCUGGACCUGGAGGAUAUGGACCUGGAGCAUCUGGACCUGGAGGUUAUGGACCUGGCAGUCAAGGUCCUGGAGGAGCAAGCGCAGCCGCCGCAGCUGCGGCAAGUGGACCCGGAGGAUAUGGACCAGGAAGCCAAGGGCCAUCUGGACCUGGAAGCCAAGGACCAUCUGGACCUGGAGGAUACGGACCUGGAGCAUCUGGACCUGGAGGUUAUGGACCUGGCAGUCAAGGUCCUGGAGGAGCAAGCGCAGCCGCAGCAGCUGCAGCAAGUGGGCCUGAAGGAUAUGGACCAGGAAGUCAAGGGCCAUCUGGACCUGGAAGCCAAGGACCAUCUGGACCUGGAGGAGCAGGCGCAGCAGCAGCAGCCUCUGCAGCAAGUGGACCUGGAGGAUAUGGACCAGGAAGUCAAGGACCAUCUGGACCUGGAAGCCAAGGACCAUCUGGACCUGGAAGCCAAGGGCCAUCUGGACCUGGAGGAUACGGACCUGGAGCAUCUGGACCUGGAGGUUAUGGACCUGGCAGUCAAGGUCCUGGAGGAGCAAGCGCAGCAGCAGCUGCUGCAGCUAGUGGACCCGGAGGAUAUGGACCAGGAAGCCAAGGGCCAUCUGGACUUGGAAGCCAAGGACCAUCUGGACCUGGAGGAUAUGGACCUGGAGCAUCUGGACCUGGAGGUUAUGGACCUGGCAGUCAAGGUCCUGGAGGAGCAAGCGGAGCAGCAGCAGCUGCAGCUAGUGGACCCGGAGGAUAUGGACCAGGAAGCCAAGGGCCAUCUGGACCUGGAAGCCAAGGACCAUCUGGACCUGGAGGAUACGGACCUGGAGCAUCUGGACCUGGAGGUUAUGGACCUGGCAGUCAAGGUCCUGGAGGAGCAAGCGCAGCCGCAGCAGCUGCAGCAAGUGGGCCUGGAGGAUAUGGACCAGGAAGUCAAGGACCAUCUGGACCUGGAAGCCAAGGGCCAUCUGGACCUGGAGGAUACGGACCUGGAGCAUCUGGACCUGGAGGUUAUGGACCUGGCAGUCAAGUUCCUGGAGGAGCAAGCGCAGCAGCAGCAGCUGCGGCAAGUGGACCCGGAGGAUAUGGACCAGGAAGCCAAGGGCCAUCUGGACCUGGAAGCCAAGGACCAUCUGGACCUGGAGGUUAUGGACCUGGCAGUCAAGGUCCUGGAGGAGCAAGCGCAGCCGCAGCAGCUGCAGCAAGUGGGCCUGGAGGAUAUGGACCAGGAAGUCAAGGGCCAUCUGGACCUGGAAGCCAAGGACCAUCUGGACCUGGAGGAGCAGGCGCAGCAGCAGCAGCCUCUGCAGCAAGUGGACCUGGAGGAUAUGGACCAGGAAGCCAAGGGCCAUCUGGACCUGGAAGCCAAGGACCAUCUGGACCUGGAGGUUAUGGACCUGGCAGUCAAGGUCCUGGAGGAGCAAGCGCAGCCGCAGCAGCUGCAGCAAGUGGGCCUGGAGGAUAUGGACCAGGAAGUCAAGGACUAUCUGGACCUGGAAGCCAAGGACCAUCUGGACGUGGAAGCCAAGGACCAUCUGGACCUGGAGGAUACGGACCUGGAGCAUCUGGACCUGGAGGUUAUGGACCUGGCAGUCAAGGUCCUGGAGGAGCAAGCGCAGCCGCAGCAGCUGCAGCUAGUGGACCCGGAGGAUAUGGUCCAGGAAGCCAAGGGCCAUCUGGACCUGGAAGCCAAGGGCCAUCUGGACCUGGAAGCCAAGGACCAUCUGGACCUGGUGGUGCUGGUGGUUAUGGCCCAUCUGCUUCAGCUUCAGUAUCUGUUGCAGCCUCUCGCUUAUCUUCUCCUGCAGCCUCGUCCAGAGUGUCAUCCACUGUAUCUUCAUUAGUUUCUAGUGGACCUUCCAAUGGUGCAGCGGUUUCUGGAGCUUUGAAUGGCUUGGUGUCUCAGAUCAGUUCAAGUAAUCCAGGCUUAUCAGGAUGUGAUGUCCUUGUACAAGCAUUGUUGGAAUUGGUAUCUGCCUUGGUGGCAAUUCUUGGCUCUGCUAAUAUUGGUUCAGUUGAUUACAACUCUGUGGGGCAGACAACUCAAACCAUUAGCCAAUAUUUUUCAUAAGCUUUUGGUAAAAUAUAAUUUUGCUUAUAAAAUGUACGAAAUAUAUCCUAAAGUACAAAUUUAAUAAAAUCUUGAUUGAAGUAUUA